AUUUUCGCUGUCUGUGAAGAGUAUCCCGACGGAGUGCCUGAAGAGACGCUGAAAAUUCGAGCACCUGAAAUCGACCCGGUUGCUCGUGUGAUGGCGAUCAACAAGCUAUUGACUGACGGACGAAUCGACAUUCACCGGGUCAAUAAUACCUUGAUUUACAAAGUAAGAGGAGUUUCUUCCGCUGUUGACGAGAAACUUUUCGGUGUUAGCAAUGAGGAGCAACUUCUGUACCACAUCAUCAAGGAAGGAGGGAAUCGCGGCGUAUGGCUAAAAGACAUUAAGGACAAGUCCAACCUGGCUCUGGCACAGGUCCGAAAGUUCUUGAAGGCUAUGGAGAGCCGGAAGUUGAUUAAGUCGAUGAAAUCGGUUGGCUCCUUGCAGCGCAAGAUCUACAUGCUGUACGACUGCGAGCCGGCGACGGCAGUUACCGGUGGCGUUUUCUUUUCUGACCAGGACAUUGACAUACAAUUUGUUACUCUGCUGCGAAACCAGUGCCUAAAAUACUUAAAGGCACGACGAGCAUCGAUCGUUUCACUGCAGGACUGGUACUUCAAAGCUGCCGAAUUCUAUGUGUCGACGAACGAAGUAAGUUGUAAAGCAUUGUCGUUGACGACUGUCACUUGUCUUCAAGAAUCAGGCAAACACGCGCGUCGAACUGUAUAUUUGUAG